UCUGGUAUUUUGUCUCGAGUGCAAGUCCGUCUGUUAGGUGUUCGUUUGUCGUUCGCUUAGAUAGGACUAUUUGUUUCAAUUUUCUGCAAGAAUGGCGGCUGUUUCAGAGCCAAACUCAUCCAACCGGUUCUUUUGCCAUCGAUGUAACGUGGAAAUUCCGCAUGUUCUUCCGGGAUUCAAAUGCCCAAGAUGUAACAGUGGUUUUAUUGAGGAGAUGGAACUUCCACCACAACAAUCUUUCAGCGAUGAAUCUAGUGACGAAGGUGAUGCAGAAAUGGUCACAUCAAUAGGAGAACUCUUCACUCAUAACUUCCUCGGUAGUUUACGUGAUGCCCACCAUGCUACACCACAAGCUGCCAGUAAUGGUGAAAGGGAAGAUGAAGAGUCUUUGUCCACAUCUUCUGGAGCUGGUAAUGGUACAGCCACACGACGAAGAAGACAGCAUGUCGCUUUUAACCUGCCUGUACGGUCAACUCGACGGAGGACCAACAGCGAUCGUCAAAUGGCUCCCUUGGAAAACAUUAUUCAGGAAUUCAUUAUAAACCUAUCGGGAUUUGAGUUUGACCCUGCAGCGUUACAAGCCCAAGGAUCACCUAUGUUCAUGUAUGGCAAUCCUGGCGAUUACGCCUUCGGCCGCGCAGGCUUGGAUGCUAUUAUCACGCAGUUAUUGAAUCAAAUGGAUGGCACUGGUCCACCACCUAUGGCCAAAGAUAAAAUCUCCCAGAUCCCCACUGUUGAGAUCGACCAACAACAAAUCGAACAAAGUUUGCAAUGCUCAGUUUGUUGGGAAGAUUUUAAACUUGCUGAACCAGUCAGAAAACUAGUAUGCGAGCAUUAUUAUCACACACAAUGCAUUGUGCCAUGGCUGCAAUUACACGGAACAUGCCCAAUAUGUAGGAAAGCUCUCAACGAUGACUCAGGGUCAGCGGAAAGCGAAAGUGCAUCUGCCCCAGAACCAAGUACGUCAUCUAACAGCAGCAAUAGCACCAACAGUUCCAGCGGAAUUUCGUGGUUGAACAGUGCCAGACACGCCCAAACAGGAGCCGGAUCUGUCAUUUCUUCCUUGAUUGGAUCAAUCACCAAUGCGCUUAGCGGAGGACAGUCGUCGUCCAAUUCCUCGUAUCAUUCAUCCUCUACAGCGGCUUCGUCGUCCCAACAGCAGCAGGGUCGUGAAAAUUCAAGUAGUCCUCUCUCGCCCUUUGCUCGACAGCAUUCAUACAAUCUACGCAGCAGCAGAGAUCGACCGGGAGGUCAGGAAAGCAAUGACGAAGACGAAGAUUCCAGCAACGGUGCAAGUGCUCAUCAGCGGGCUCACCAUCGCCCAACGGGAAGAGACCGUGGCCACCCGAAUCCAUUUGAAGAUGAAUAUGAUUAAAUCGGUGAUUGGAAUAAGCGACGUCUACAAGAAACAACAAGACCAUAGCUCUUCUCUACCCAAAUUCCCUUCACUUUUUGAACCCCUUGGAGAAACUCGCACGCUGUACGGAUAAAUCUUGCAUUUGUCAAGGCAGUGACACCGGCGCCCAACAUAUUGUAAAAUGAGACUACAGACUGAAUGUGUUUUGCAUAUAGAAACACUCCGUAUACAACACGAAUUUCCAGUUUACUGAAAACGAAAGGAGAGAAAACUGUCAUCUCCAGUUUAGAGCUGUGUCGCGAUUACGUGGCACCGGAUUGUUUAUUCUUCAGUUUUCAUAAUUAGUGGAUUGUGCGCAUUUUCACCCUGUUAAAAUUCGUCAAAUUUGCGAGUGAAAGAACCUAGGUUUUUCUUUGAAUUAACUCAGUCACGAUUUAUUUGACUUGGCCCAUGUAAAAUGUGUAUCUUUUUGAUUAGUGGUGAAGUUAACUAUCGUUUCCCCUUUA